UUGUCACAGAUUUCCCCCUCACGAGCGAAUGCUAUUCUUUUGAAAGUAACCGGAAGUGCGCUCUUAUUUUUCACCGACACUUCCUGUCCCGCCCAUGGAGGGUUGAAUGCGGAAAUAUUGACGAAGCCACCUGCGCAGUGUGGGACAUCAUCCAAAAAAGCCAUGAAACCCCGACUGCACUUGGUGGUGGACCCCGCGGGCUGGCUGUGCGUCAGCGUCGUCUUCGGGAUCUGGCUCUACAAUUCCGUCUUCGUUCCCAAGCUGGUUCUGCUGCCGCACUACAGAGAAGGCCACGUUCCCUGGGCUAUCGUCAUUUGGCAUCCACGGCGGAUCCCGGCCACCUUCCGACGAACCCGCAUAUACCUCAUUCCGGUACGUAAACGGACACGACACGGGGGCGUUGGAGUCCGACACCUGGUUGCUGACUUUGUGUUUCAGAGCGAGAGCACUGGGAACUGUGCAACAAGUGCAACCUCAUGCGACCCAAAAGGACCCAUCACUGCAGUCGUUGUGGUCACUGUGUACGCAGGAUGGACCACCACUGUCCCUGGUAACUGGAUCAAUAACUGCGUGGGGGAAGACAAUCACUGGCUCUUCCUGCAGCUCUGCUUCUACACACAGGUCCUUAGUGGCUUCACGGUGGCGCUGGACUUCUGCCAGUACUAUUACUUCCAGCCCCUCGCGCACCUGGACCAGGAGAAGUUCACGACGCGGCACGAGCUGGCUCUGCUGCGGGCUUCGGCGAUCACGGGCGUGGUCAUGUUCGGCGGCAUUUCGGCCUUGUUUUAUUCCCAGCUGGUCGGCGUCCUCUCGGAUACCACCACUAUCGAGAAGAUGACUCAGUUCUCGAGUGAAAUACACGGCCUGAAGCAAUCGUGGCAGCGGGCGCUGGCCGAGGUGUGCGGCACCCACCGGAAGGCGCUGUGGUUCGUGCCGCUCCGAAGCAGGCGGGCGCUCCAAGCCGGGAGCCGCUUCGGAGCCCACGUGUAGCCCCCCCCCCCCCCCCCCCCCCCUCAACGCUAUUGUUGGCAGUCAUGCCAUGGAAACAGCCGGUAAAAGCAAAACCCUCUCAGGUUGGUUUGAUUAUUAUGAUGUCGUAUGACACAAACACUCCAGUUUAAAAGUUUUACUGCAGUUGUAUUUUUUUCCCACAAUAUUACGCACCGACCAUCAAUGGUACUCUUGAAGACACGCUUUCCAACUGUAUUUCUCCAGAUCGCAUCUGUGGCGACAAUUUUGAAGAUGGAUGUUUUUUUUAAAUUCUAUUUAAAAUAAUAUGUUUAUGCUGCUGUUUGGUUGGGUUUGAAGUAUUUUAUGUUUUCUCGUGUGUCUUUUUAAAAAAAAAAAAUUUAAAUGCUAUUUUUUUGGAGAAUUGGGUGACGUUUGUGGCUUUGUUAUUGUUCACAUAACACUGGAUCUUUUUUGUAAAAUGAAUGUAAAUAUAAUUUUUUAUCAAUUCUUAAUAUUUUUUAAAAUCUUUUUGUUUUUCUUUCCUCCUUUUUUUUCUUUUAUUCUUCUUUUCCCCCUUUUGUCUUCUAUUGUUAUCUUUUUCCGGUGUUGUAUUUAUUAUUUUUUUCCAAAAAUGUGUGGCCAAUUACGAAUUGUCUAUUGAUCACACUCGACAGCUUACGAAUGUCGUUAUGAUAUUAUUAUGAUUGAAUGUGAUUCCACUAUGCCACUGCUUAUGUUGCUUACAGUGUGUUUCAAAUUAUGAAGCAAGUGCUCUUUUUGUUCAUUUUUCUAAAUAGUCAAUGUGGUUUGCAGGCUUUCUCAUAAUGGGGAUUUUAUUGAACAAAACCACCACGGCAAUAAGCUUAUUUUCUCCGAAAUUUGGAACACAGUGUAUUUAUUGUGGCGUUCAUGGGGUUUCUUUGUUUACUACAAAAACAGCAACGUUGUUAUUUAAAAGUGUUCUGUUAAUUUGCACUUGUUUGAGUUUUUUGUCCAAAUAGAAGGGGAAUAAAUCACUAUGCAUUAAGUA